CCGGCGCCAGCGAGCGAGCGAGCGGCGCAGGACGAGCCGCGGCGCUGAGCAGCGGCGCCAUCCGGGCCAGGGGCGGAACAUCCGGGCUGGGGGCGCCGAUCACGCGCGCUGCGGGCGGAGGGCAGGGCCGGAAGCGGCGGGGGCCGGGCCGGGCCGGGCCGGGCGGUGCUGGGGCGGCGGCGGGGCCGGGGGCGGCCGGCGCAGAGCGGCGGUGCCCGGGCAGCCCGGGGCAGCGGCCGCCGCCAUGAAGAAGCAGUUCAACCGCAUGAAGCAGCUGGCCAACCAGACCGUGGGCAGGGCUGAGAGAACAGAGGUACUCAGUGAAGACCUGUUGCAGAUCGAGAGGCGGCUGGAUGCCGUGAGGUCCGUGUGCCACCUGGCCCAGAAGAGGCUGAUUGCCUGUCUGCAGGGCCAGCAUGGCACUGACCCUGACAAGAGACACAAAAAACUUCCUCUAACAGCUCUGGCUCAAAACAUGCAGGAGGGCUCCAUCCAGCUGAGUGAUGAAACUCUGCUGGGGAAAAUGCUGGAUACCUGUGGGGAUGCAGAGAAUAAACUGGCAAUGGAGCUCUCCCAGCAUGAAGUACAGAUUGAGAGAGAAGUUAUAGACCCACUGUGCCUGCUGACAGAGACAGAGAUCCCAAACAUUCAGAAGCAGAGGAAGCAGCUUGCAAAGCUGGUGCUGGACUGGGAUUCUGCAAGGGGAAGAUACAACCAAGCCCACAAGACUUCAGGAACAAAUUUCCAAGUGCAUCCUUCAAAAAUAGAAUCUCUUAAGGAAGAGAUGGAUGAAGCUGGAAAUAAAGUAGAGCAGUGCAAGGAUCAGCUGGCUGCAGACAUGUACAGCUUUGUGUCCAAGGAGGGGGAGUACGCCCGCUGCUUUGUCACGUUAUUAGAAGCACAAGCAGAUUACCAUAGAAAAGCAUUAGCAGUCAUAGAAAAGGUCCUACCCGAAAUUCAAGCCCAUCAAGACAAAUGGACUGAAAAACCAGCGUUUGGAACUCCCCUGGAAGAGCACCUGAAGCGCAGCGGGCGGGAAAUCGCGGUUCCCAUCGAGGCCUGUGUCAUGAUGCUGCUGGAGACAGGCAUGAGAGAGGAGGGCUUGUUCAGAAUUGCUGCUGGAGCCUCCAAGUUAAAAAAGCUGAAAGCUGCCCUGGACUGUUCCACAUCCCAGCUUGAUGAGUUUUACUCAGAUCCCCACGCUGUUGCAGGUGCCUUGAAAUCCUAUCUGAGGGAGCUGCCAGAGCCUCUCAUGACCUACAGCCUGUAUGAGGAGUGGACACAAGCUGCCAACAUUCAGGACCAGGAUAAGAAGCUGCAGGAGUUAUGGAGGAUUUGUAACAGAUUACCUGAGCAUUACCGUGUUAACUUCAGGUAUUUAAUCAAAUUUUUAGCCAAGCUUGCCCAGAACAGUGACGUUAACAAAAUGACACCAAGCAACAUCGCCAUAGUCCUGGGCCCCAACUUGUUGUGGGCAAAGAAUGAAGGAUCCCUUGCUGAGAUGGCAGCAGCCACCUCGGUGCAUGUGGUGGCAGUUAUUGAGCCCAUCAUCCAGCAUGCAGACUGGUUCUUCCCUGGAGAUGAAGAUUUCAAUGUGUCUGGGGCGUUUGUGGCAGUUCCUGCUGUAAAUUCCAAUCACUUGUCACACACUGGGAAUGACUAUGAAUGUGGGACCCUGGAGAGGAAGAGGCCUCUGAGCAUGACUGUGAUGGAAGGGGAUUUGCUGAAGAAGGAAAGCUUUGGUGUGAAGGUGCUGGAGCUGUCUGUGACCCCGCGGCGGUGUGGCACAGUGAGCAGAAAGCUCACCUCGCCCGCCUUCCAGCCGCCCCUGCCGCCCUGCGAGCCCGCAGGGGCCGAGCCCUGCCCGCCCUCGGGGGCUGAGCCCGGCCCCGGGGCUGGCCCCGCUCCCUCUGCUGCCCCAGCAGAGCAGCCCCCGGCGCCAGGCACUGAGGAUGCCAGCACCUCCAAGUGCAAGGAGAGCGCGAGUGCAGCCACUCCUCCCCCGGUGAGGAACGGCCAGGCAGGCCCGGCCCCGGGCCAGGCAGCGCCCAGCAGCUCCCAGCUCUCGGUCAGCCAGCCCCAGAACGCUGCUGGUCCCAGUCCCCACGCCCUGAGGAGAGCUAUGAAGAAGCCUGCACCAGCCCCCCCCAAGCCAGCCAACCCUCCCCCGGGGCAGCCAGGCAGCCAAAGCUCUUCCCCAGCUGCUCAGCCUCCUUCUGUCUCUCCAAAGCCCCCGGCCAGAAGCUCCUCUCCUCCUGCUCAACACGCAUCCCCAGGAGCAGCCCAGAGCCCCUCUCCCUGCCAGGUUUCUGCCCCUCGCAGAUAUUCCAGCAGCCUGUCCCCUCUCCAGGCUCCCAGCCACCCACCCCCGCAGCCCCCAGCACAGGCAACUCCUCCCCUGCAGCCCAAGGGCAGCAGCAGCAGCCAAGCAUCUCCUGGUGAGCAGGGUGUGGAGCAGCCCCCCUGCUCCUCGUCCAUGCCCCCGCCGCAGACGCCCACCCCUCCCGACACGCCCCCGCUGGCCAAGCACCCGGGCAGCGCCCCCGCCGUGCCCCCCGAGCCCUGCCCGCCCCAGGGGGGCACCUUGCCCCGGCCCCGGCCCGUGCCCAAGCCCAGGAACAGACCCAGCGUGCCGCCCCCGCCGCACCCGCCCUCGCAGCCGCCUGCAGACGGCACCGCGGCAAACGCCUCCCCAACGGCCUCAAAAAUAGUCACAGACUCUAAUUCCAGUAUUCCAGAGCCACUUGCAAACCCUCCUCCAGAGCCUCCUGCAGAGCUGGGCAGAGAGCUGCACACCCACCUGCUGCUGGACAUUGACAAUGACACGGAGAGCACGGCGCUGUGACCGCGCGCUCUGCGCCCCUUCCCGCUCCUGCGGGGGAAAACCCCCAGACCUUCCAGGGAAAGGCUUCUUCUGCCAGCAGGGCACAGCUGGGCACAGCUGGGGCCUCCGCCACACCCAGCUCCAGCCUGGCCCAGCUUGGAGCAGACCUCUCAGAAAACGGAGCCCAGCCUUUGGCCAGGUUUCGCCCUCAGAAGAAGUUUAAUGAUCUGGGUCUGGACAACGGUUUUCAAACUCUUGGAUGGAAGGAAUGAAUUCCUACAGGAACUCGCCUAGGAAGCGUGGUCAGUGCUGAUACAGGUGGUAUGAGCAGAAAUUCCAAAAGAAUAAGAAGCAGAACGUUAUUAGUUAUUUAAAGUGCAUGUCUGUAUUAGGGAAAUAAUCCUCACGGCACCAUUAGAGGUUCUUUGUAGUUCUUAGCCCGUCCCAGGAGCUGCCUCCCAAGGGACCUUUCUCCCAAGGGACCUUCCCUCUCUCCCAGGGGACAUUCCCUCUCUCCCAGGGGACAUUCCCUCUCGGAUUUGCUGCAGAUUCCCCUCAAGCCAUGAACCAAACCCUGCCCCAGUGCUGGUGGUGACUGCUGGUUCUCAGUCACCUGUGGAACUGUGGAUGCAUCCAGUGCCUUGAAGGACUGUCGUGCUGUAGGAGGAACUUCUGUCUCUUUAAUCAUUUCAUUGCUACUUAGGAGCAGUACUUACCCUGAUUUCAUAGUUAUUUGUAUUAACCUGCUUUGUUCAUGUGCAACUGGCAACUGUUUCACGAGGAAACCGUGGAAAUGGGGUUUGUGCUUUUGUUGAAAACGGUUGAAUUUUGAAAGAACUUUGAAACAGCUGUUUGGAUUCAGAAGUUGAGUGAACAUUUAUAAAAUUAAAGAUUGUUUUUUGUCAA